UUCGCUUGAGUCCAGGCGCAGGAAAAGUCGUUGGGGGUCCAUGGAAACUGGGUGGGGUCAGUCGUCCUGGAGGGCGGACAGCUGUCCGGUGGGCGUUGGCUGCACAGAUCUCCCACUUUUUCCUGGGGGAGGGGCAGCUGCGCUGCCUUCCUUUCUGCACUGUUGGAUCCGCCCCCCUGCUAUUGGCUCUGGGGAAGGAUUGACAUCAAAGCCCUAGCCCUAUAUAAGCUGCGGCCAGGAAAAGAGGCCCGAGAAGGGUUAAAAUCGUCCCCUAGAGCGCCAGAGCCACAGUCAGCUCUGCAGCUAAGGGACUGUAGCCAGCCGCCCAGAUUUCCCCUCCCCAGCCCUGUUCUGCUUCAUCCCAAUCACCCGCACUCUCCUCGACGGAUCGGGGCUGUAGCGAAUGGCGCGGCGUUAGAUCCAACUGCAGAGGCAAGGCUCAAUUCAGGGCCAGGGAGCUGCGCCCGCUUCACCAUGAACCUAGUGGGCGGCUACCCCCAUCCACACCCUCACCAUCACCCCCCUCACCCUCAUCCCAUGCUGCACGAACCCUUCCUCUUCGCUCCAGCUUCACGGUGUCAUCAGGAGCGGCCUUAUUUUCAGAGCUGGGUACUGAGUCCAGGAGACGUGGCCCCAGAUUUUUCUGGGAGGCGACCACCCCCGGCUGCCUAUAGUCCGGAUGCAGCUGGGACCGCGGGGCCAGUGCAGAGCCCUGGCAGACUGGAGGCUCUGGGUGGCCGCUUGGGCAGACGGAAAGGAGCAGGGCCCAAGAAGGAACGGCGGCGUACGGAGAGCAUCAAUAGCGCCUUUGCGGAACUGCGGGAGUGCAUUCCCAAUGUGCCCGCCGACACCAAGCUCUCCAAGAUCAAGACCCUCCGUCUGGCCACUAGCUACAUUGCUUACCUCAUGGACGUGCUGGCCAAGGACUCUCAGGCCGGGGACCCCGAGGGCUUCAAGGCGGAGCUCAAGAAGGUGGACAGCGGCCGUGAGAGCAAGCGUAAGAGAGAACCGCCCAGCGAAGGAUAUCCUCACUCCCUGGGACCUGGAGAAAAAAAGAUUAAAGGGCGGACAGGCUGGCCACAGCAAGUCUGGGCUUUGGAGCUCAACCAGUGAGAAGCAGCUUGGGGAAAGGUACUCAGCACUCAGAAAAUCCGCCGGACGCCAUCGGAGUACGAGGCAAGACUACUAUUUCUGGCUGUCCAUUAUUUUCUCGUUCUGUUAUGGAUAUCUUAAAUACUCCUGAGAGUUGUCAGCAGCAAAACUGGUCAAGUGCAAUGCCCUUUGAAAUUGUUUUUUAACUCGUUAAGAGAAAGAAAGAAAAAUAUAUUACAUAUAUUAUAUAAAAUAUAUCCAAGCAAACGGAAAGGGGAGCCGGUAUUGACAGGCACACGAGAGGCAAAUCGGACCAACCUUGCUAGCCUUCAUUUCCAACCUUGCUAGCCUUCAUUUCCAACCUUCGACUCACCUUUUCCGUCCUAGAUUGGAAAUCUGAUUUUGCUCUCCUCUGUCUCCUUUUACCCAUUAAUUUGCAAUAUCACGAAGUCAUUCUCUGCACAGCUUCCUGCUUUCCCGGGACUCCGGUGACCUUAUAUUCCAAUGGAAAGGAGAGCCCAGUUGGUCUGGAAAUUAUUCUUUUUAAAUAAGUGUUGGUUUGGUUUCCGCACUUCCUGCCGAAUGCCUAAUAAUUCCUAAUUCCAAGGAAAACUUCUUAUUCUUUGUAAAUAAAAACUUUGUUCCCGUCA